AUGCCGCCAAGACGCAACGUGAGGAAUGAGGAACAUGCCUCCCAGGUUUCGGUAGAGGAAAGUGUGACGCAACCAAGACCGCCGUCACCACCACCACCACCACCUCCCCCGCAAGUAGAUAGGGAAGUCGUGAAGCUGUUCCUUGACCAGAAGCCUCCUACCUUCGAUGGGAUGGGUGAACCUGCACGAGCUGAAACUUGGAUACGUGCCUUGGAACGCAUCUUUAGGACCUUAGUGUGUAACGAUGCGGAGAAGAUGAUCUGCGUGACGCAUCAGCUGACCGGAUCUGCCGAUUUUUGGUGGGACACCAAGUUGAAGACCAUGUCCCAGGAUCGUAUAGACGAAAUGACGUGGGAAGAAUUCAAGACUGAGAUCUACGACAAGUACGUACCCAAGAGCUACCGAAAGGCGAAAGCCGCUGAGUUUCACAACCUCACCCAAGGACGUCUGUCAGUAACCGAGUACGACCGUGCACUUUGCGACAUGACCCGCUACGCGCCGGAACAGACCGAUACCGAUGAGAAGCUGGCCGAUAAGUUUCGUGAGGGUCUUAGGCACGAGAUUAGGAUGGCUUUGGCAGUUCGUGGAACCCUUACGUACGCCGAGGCGUUAGCCCUCGCUUUGGAUGUAGAGGACAGCGAUGCCAAAAGAGAAGAGCGUGGGAAACACCGUGACGACCCUACCCCCGCCGCGACCUAA